AUGGAUUACACUCACCCUACUUCAUCUGCAGGAUCUUCUUCAAAGACAAAGGGAAGCAAGGAGAAAAAGGGUGCCAAGAAAUGCAAAGGAGUGAGGCUCUCCACCGACCCUCAAAGCGUGGCAGCAAGAGAACGAAGGCACAGAAUCAGUGACCGGUUCAAGAUCUUGCAGAGCAUGGUUCCAGGUGGAAGCAAGAUGGACACAGUGUCCAUGUUGGAGGAAGCCAUUCAGUAUGUGAAGUACCUCAAAGCCCAGAUUUGGCUCCACCAAACCAUGAUCAAUUUCUUAGAUGAUAACGAGUCACUCUUCCCUAUGUACCUCAGUGAUUGCUACUUCCCUUCUGAACAGUUCAUUCCCCCUCAGCAAAAUCCACCACUUGAUCAUGAUAACAUGCAGAAUUUACCUCAUCUGCCACAAGCACAAUGCAGCUUCCAAGGUGAAGACGCAACAUACUUUGAUGCCUCUUUGAAAUAUUGGCCAGCUUAA